CUACAGUACUUGCUGCGACAUGAAUAGUAAAUAAACAAGGAAUGGCCAAUUGGCCGGAUUAACAGACCACAUCAGGUAUGUUUUUAUGUAGCUACUGGCCGGAUUGACAGACCACAUCAGUUAAAAAAGGAUCAUAUUGGAUCAAUCUAAAAAAUGGCCAAUGAAAAGAAGGUCAGCUCUCACUUGACCUACCAAGAACUUUGGGACGCUGUCCGUUUUCGUGAUAUGCCUCAAAUAGACGCCUGGGUCAGUGAGGGCCUUGAGCUCUUCGAUUAUGACCGCCAGAUGACGGUAUAUCAUAUCGCCUCACAGUGUGGGACCGUUGAUUUUAUAGAAGAACUGGUUCGAAGACACCCUACCACGACACAUCUGAUUAUGCGCGGCAGCAAAGAAGGUGCCGUGACCAGUCUCCACUGGUGUUGUUGUAUGACAGCCAAUGAGAAAGAUGACAGCGGCCAUAGCGUCGGCAUCCUCGACGCCCUUUGUAGGGCCGCGGGUCCGGGACUAGCGCUAUACAGUACGGGGAACGAGGACGCGGCUACAUGGACUGACUGGGCAAACGAUGACGAAAAACUAUGUGAAUAUAUAAAAUGGAGAAGACAAAACACGGCAGGGUUGCCUCCGGAGAUAAGGCGUCUAGACAACCGAUCCAUCCACCAAUACAUUCAUACGUUUGGCAGCAUGGGGAGCGAAUCUGCUGAGAGAUACAAGCAAGCCAUUAAAGGUAAGACGGAGACCUCUUACUGCAUCCGUCUGGUAUUCCUUGGACACGAAGGUGUGGGGAAGACAACUCUGAUGUUACGGAUGACUGACCAGGACGUAUCCAAAUUGAAACCCACAAACCAACUGGACGUCCUCCUCAAUCUGCUCAUCAUUGACCGAAUCAACAAACAACGUAAACUUCUCCAGCCAGGAAUGGAACAGGAAGUUACUCGCCAGAGGCUCAGAGAUGUUAUUGUCGACUCAUUCCUCUCAGACCCUUCCUCGACAACUGAAGACGGAACUGCGUUGGGUGCGAUGACAAAGCCGCCGGAUACUCCAAUCACAGAGGGCAUUGUGAAUCGUAGUUCGAGUACUUUUUCUGAGAGCCCACGAGCCUCUUUGGUGACUCCUACCACACCCCCUGAAGUAACCUCUCCACCUACCACACCUUUAACUCCGGACACAGUCUUUAACGCGCCCCCUAUUAUGACCACCUCAGCUAUUCACACAGAGGCAGCCGUCGUCAUGACAUCUGGACCCACAGAAGAUUUUGGACAACGAGGACACAAAACCUAUGUCAGUGUCUUUGAUUUUGGUGGGGAAAUGAUGUUCUCCAACUUCCAACAUAUUUUCCUGAAUACAAACGCAGUUAUACUCCUUUGCUUCAGCUUACAUAACUGCUUUCAGAACGACGCCAUUUUAGACCGUGUCUACUUCUGGUUGAAGUUCCUGUCUACCUUUUCCGACGCGAACAGUAGAUAUCAACCACCGGUGAUUCUAGUGGGAACCCAUCUGGAUAUGGUGGAGGAGAGUCAGAGAACAUCGAUCAGGCAAGAGGUCAGGAGGAAGAUCAAGAGUGAUCCCCAGGUGGCUACAGCGUUUGACAGACACGUGGUUGAGUUUGUGAUUAAAAACAGUACAGUAAAUGUUCGGUCAGCCUAUGAUGAUCUAUGGAACCUAGUACACGAGGCGGCUGUGCACCAAUCACAAUGGGGACAGCUUCUUCCCGCUACCUGGAUCACACUAGAACGUGACCUGAUGCUUCUGAAAGGUCAAGGAGUAAAGGUCAUGACUUUAGAUGAAGUCAAUGCCAGAGCUAGGAAUUUAGUGGUACCGUUGGAUGAACGUGAUGUUCUUGCAAUGCUCGAGUAUCUUCAUGUUAUACGAAGCAUAUUAAGUUUCCAAUUGGAAAAUCCGAAUUCCCGGAUUAUCCUCGACCCUCAGUGGUUGAUUCAGGCAUUCAGAAUGAUUGUGACCACUGUGAAAUUCCGCCAGCAAGGACUGGACCCUGAACUGAUCUCGGAAUACGACAGAACAAGACGAUUGACCAUACCUUUUAUCGACGCGGUUUGGACAAAAGGAGAUGCAGAGGGGUUCAUGGAGUUUAGAGACACCAUAUUGCUUUACCUCGACCGUCUCGAGCUGAUUGUUAAGCCACUUCCGAAAGAGGACGAGACGUGUGUAGACUAUUUCAUCGUGCCGUGCUUGCUUGAUGAACCGAACCCUAAUCAUAUUAGACCAUUACUAGAACAGAAGGGAACCAUCAAAUCACGAACACUUUGUUUCGAGUUUCGUGAACGUUUCAUUCCUCCCGCUGUAUACAACAAGAUUUUGGCUUCUUGCAUACACCGCUUUGAGGUGCUUCGACUGUCCGACCAAAACGACAACCUAUAUCUACAACAAGGACUGGCAUGUUUUGCAAUAAGUGUUCGAUGGAAUAUGGCUCUACAUUGCAAAGACUCUCAGAUAAAAGUUACUUUAUUUUCUAAUGUUGUAAAGAAAGUGGAAGAGGGGGACGGUUACAUGGUUCGAGUCAUUUUAGAAACAAUUAUUCAGGCAACAAUGAAACGAUCCCACCAAGGUCACCUAAGAUUUGACUAUUAUGUCAGCGAUGACUUCCAGGUGAAGAAUGAUGAGAGUAUGGUAAAAGUAUUGACGACUACACAGGUAAAAUCAAUGUCUAGACGGUCAACGGAUACGGCUGUCUGGUUCACUGUACGAAAGCAGAUGGCCAAGUCCUCCCUGUCAGUUCCGCAGUCUGAACGUACUCUUCUGAAAAGAUGCCCAACGCCAAGGGAAGUAAUUAGAAUUGCAAAGUAUGUGGGCAAUACGUAUACUUUGUUCUUUGGUAUCAUUGGUAUGAACGAGGUCAGAGUUCAACAACUCCGAGAACAGUUUGAGCAUGGACAACGACUGGACUUUCUUUCUGUGCUAGCCAGGAUCACGUUUGCAUGGAAAGACGAAUUUGGGAAUAAAGCAAACUUUAUGCAAGUGAAAAAUGCGUUUGAAUUCUGCGGACUUGAUCUGACUGGACUGUUUGAAGACAUCACACAACUUAAAAAUGAUAGAAUAUCUCCAGAAGAUCUUGGAAUUCCUGCUAGUAUUCAGAAUUCACGUCCAUUAGAGGAAGAAAUAUCGGACAUAUCAAUGAUCAUCCUUAAAGCGUAUUUUAUUGUAUUCGUAGAGCUUAACAUUACCAUAGAAACUAUAGAAUUGGCAGAAAUGGAUCGCAGCAAAGCCUUGGAUUUGAUCAAAUAUCUACUAGGACAAUGGGUGGAAACGUUUAAAGACGAAGCUACAAUCCGACAACUCUACCUCGCUUUAAAGGAAUGCAAAAGGAACUACACCAAGUUAAUAGAGUUGGUGAAACGAAGACAGCUUGUAUAGCCGGUCAUCACCAUGGAAACAACCAGCGUUCGACGUUAGGACGGAAUGAGUUUGUUGUUGAUGAAUGAUUUGUUCCUUUACCUAUUAAAUGGUAUUAUUAACACCCCUAAAGUCAGUAGUUACAUUCCAAUAUCCAUGAUUGGUAAAGUCCCAAUUAUCAGGGUUUCCCUGAAUAUGCGCCCUAUUGUUAUCGCUAGGGUUUUCUACUUGACGUUGUGGUAUUUUAUUCUAUUUGACUUUACAGUGAUAUUGUAUCCAAUGCUAAACAAUAAUUAUGAUUAGUUGUUAGCUGAGAACGUCCUCGUCGUUGUAUUUGAUACAACUGUAAAUCAAUAAAACAGAAAUUAAAAAAAUAAUCACUUUGUGAUUCCUUUAUGUU